AUAAUGCUGAUAAAGAGAGUGUGGAGGCACACUAACUCAGGAAGCUUCACUGUUAAAUCUGCAUGUGAGCAAUUAAGCAGGAGAGGUAUUCACAAUGGCAUAGCUAAGGGCAUAUGGGAUCAGAAAUUUUUUCCAAGUGUUCAGGAUAGAAUCCCAGUUAUGAAUAUUGAGUUGGGAGAACCUUCUAAUGGAAAUGUAAAUGGGUUAAGUGAACAAGAGGCACAACAAGGAAAUGAGAAUGUAAGUGUAGGUGUUAUGCCAGGAGAGGUUGCUGAUACUGGUAAGGUUGAUGUCUUGGAGGAUGAUGUUGAAAGGGUGGGAACGAUGAAUGAAGGUGAUGAUCAAAGAGUAAAUGAUAAGGGAGGAGUUUCUGCUAAUCCUGACUCUGUAGCAUAUGAUAUUCCUUUUGCAGCUGGUACUAGUUUGGAGGUAUUUGCUUUUUCCUCUCCUAUUGUUUUGCCUCGAAUUUCCCCUGUAGUGAAUGCUGUGGCAGUUCUAGAACUCAGAGGCUUUGGUGAGUGA